GCCUUGGAGUUGAUCUCGAAGCUCAAGAAGCACGUGGCAGAGGAUGGGGUGAAGGAGCAGGAGGCUUACAAGAAGUACAAGGAUUGGUGCCAAUCCCAGACAGAAGAGCUCCAGAGGGAGCUGGAGACCGAGAAGAAAGCCCAGCAGAAGAUGGAUGCAGAAAUCUACGAGGCCGAGGCAGGCGUUGCUUCCGCAGCGGCGCAAAUUCAGAAGUUCGUUUCCAAGGUCGCCCGCAGCGAUGCCAAGCUCAACGAUGCCGAAGAAGUCCGCGACCAGGAGAAGCUGUCCUUCGAAGACUCUCAGAAAUCUUUGUCGGACACGAUCAAGCUUCUCGACAAAGCGGGCGAG